UUAUGACCCUUACUGUGUCCACUUCCAAUCUUCCAGUGUCGAAUUGGGGAACCGGAUUCUGCAUUGUUUCUCUCACAUUCAAUGUUCAAAAUCUCAAUAUUUCUUUUCCCCCCUCUCUCUAUAUAUCUUGCUUUUCACAAACUCAUCCCAAGUUAAUUCUUAACAGUUAAGACCAAAAACAAAACAAAAAAGUUACCCCACAAUUCCUUAAACCCUAGAGAAAGAAUCCAUUGUUGGAACUUUUGCACAAAAGUUUUGAUUUUUGAAGAUGGGUCCUUCAGAUGACAGAUACCCAAAAUUCUUUAAAGUGUUUCAACCACAAUAUUCUUCUAAAACUUUGAUGAUCCCAUCUGCAUUUGAAGACAAGAUAACUGGAAAUAUUCCAAACAGGGUCAUUUUGAAAAAUAGUCUUGGUAAGAUUUGGUUGGUAAAGGUGGGCAAUAUUGAAGAUCACUUAUACUUUCAAGGAGGUUGGUCUAAAUUUGUUUUAGAAAAUUUUUUGAAAUUUGGAGAAUUUCUCGUUUUCACUUAUAUUGGACAACGUAUCUUCGAUGUUAUGAUACUUGGGAGAGACGGAUGCGAGAGGACACUAGUUCACGAGGAGGAGGAAGAAAUAGAAGUAAAUGAGGAAGAGCAAGUAGAAGACGAGUGUGAGUAUGAGAAUGAGGAGGAGGAUGAGGAUGAGGAUGAAGAUGAGGAUGAGGAUGAGGACGAGGAUGAGGAUGAGGAUGAGGACGAGGAUGAGGAGGAGGAGGAUGAAGAGAUGGGAAAUAAAAAGUUAAGGAAAUUUUUACCUAAGAAGAAAACGCCUAAGUACAAUGCACACAAUGACAAAGAUGAACAUGAGGAUGAAGAUUAUAUGCCCAAAAGAAAAUUUACGAAUGUUCUGAAAAAGAGAAAUGAGUACAAGUAUGCUGCAAGGGAAGACAAAGAAAGCACAGGCAUACUGAAGUAUCUUCCCAAGAAAAAUCCGUUUUUCAUCACAAGACUGAAACGAUCUGAAUAUGAGCGUAAUAGAUUAAUGAUACCACGGGAUGUAAGUGCCAAAAUCAAUGUCAAGUAUAGCGAGAUCAUUGAUCUUCAAGACCCGAAAGGAGAAAAAUGGGUUGCAAAAAGGAGUAUAUGGGAAAGCGGGCAAGUUUGUAUACAAGGAGGGUGGAAGAAGUUAUGUGACUCCAACAAAGUUAAGGAAGAUGACACCAUAAUUUUGGAGUUCCUGCCACGAACCAAACAAAGUUGUGAAACCAUCAACAUCAAGGUUCAGAUCAUCAACUCUGAUUCUGUCAGAAGCAACUGAUUUGCUGAGCAAGUCGAGUGGUUGAAAAUGGUCUAGUAGUUGUACUAAGAGUGAGUCUAUUUGGCUAAAUUUUAGUUAAAUUUUUAGCUCGAGAGUCAUAUUUGUAACUUUAGUCUGUGUAGGGUCCACUCCUUUCAUAUUUCAUGUUUAGCUAGCUAAAACUACGUCAAAUAGAGUGUUUCUUUAACCGAUGUUAUGAUUUUUAGACUUAGGAAGGAAAUUGAACGUUUUCUUAUUCACAUAUAUUUCUAGUCAAAUAAAUAAAUAGCAUUCUUUUAAUUUCAUUCA